AUGGGAAGUGCACGAAACUCGCUCAACUUCAACGAACAACCGCCCAGCGUCAUGAUGCAUCACUUCUUCUCGUCCCCCUUUUACAACUUUGAGCUCACGCGCAUCUUGGGAACCACCGCCGCGGGGGGUUGCGACGUGGCCGAGUUCCUCGAGGCCGUGGGCGAGAUCAAGAAGCACGAUCCCGAGAGCUGGUACCGGGCCUGGUGGCGGCAGGCGAGCCGCGCCAGCCAGGCCGCCGCCGAUGCCGGCCUUCGCGGGCUCGCGCCGCUGGCCAGGGCCGCGUACCUACGGGCCGCAAACUACUACCGGGCUGCGCCGUACAUGCUGCCGACGACUGAUCGGCGCGUCGUCAAGUGCGCCGAGCUGAGCGCCGAGCACUUUGAGAAAGCCACCCAGUUCAUGGAGGGCAGAGUCCUGAACAUGGCGUUCCACCUGGGUAACAUUGUGAUCCCCGGCCGGCUGUUUUUGCCGCCCGAGUCGAAGAGGCUCCGGGACAACCAGAAGACGCCGCUGCUCAUCAACUGCGGCGGGGCGGAUCCCACCAUGGAAGAGCUGUAUUUCGUCUUUGGCACCUUGGGUCCCGAGCUCGGCUACGGCGUCCUCACCUUCGACGGGCCGGGCCAGGGCCUCACGCUGAAGCGGGACGCCGAGUUCAUGAGGCCCGACUACGAAAAGGUCCUGUCGUGUGUCCUCGACGGGGUAUGGGCGCUGGCCAAGGAACGGCCCGACGCCAAUCUCGACCUGGAUCGCGUGUGCGUGGCGGGCAUCUCCAUGGGCGGGUACAUCUCCCUCCGCACCGCCGCCGCCGAGCCCGCCCGCGUCGCGGCUUGCGUCUCGGCCGAUCCGGUCUACGACAUGUGGGAGUUGACCAUGACCAGACUCCCCGGGUGGUACGUCCGCAUGUGGCUGAGCGGCUGGGUCUCGGACGGCUUCUUCGACUGGUCCUGCAACGCGCAUAUGCGACUCGACUUCCCAACACGCUGGGAGUUCGGCACGACCAUGCACGUGAUGGGCCAGAGGCGGCCUGCGGACGUGUUGCGCGAGUUCAGGAGAUACUCGCUGCGCUGGCGACCCGAAGACGACAUGUCGAAAGGGAAGGGCGGAGACGAGGAGAGAGGCGGCGCCACCAUCUUGUCGCAAGUCAGAUGUCCUGUUCUGGUCACGGGCGCGUCGCAGGCCAUCUAUCAGCUGCCCGAUGCAAGCACCCAGAGAAUCAUGGAAGAGCUCGUCAACGUCCCGGAUGAGAAGAAGGAGGUCUGGAUCCCGCAAACCGUGGGAGCCGGUGCUUUAACGGGCAAGGUUGGAGCGUGGAACUCUCUGGCCACGGAAACGUUUUCGUUCCUUGACAGACAGCUAGGUAUUAGUAGGCCGUCGCGAUGA